AGAAUUGAACUCUUUUUCCCUUUUUCUUGUAAUUGAACGCUACCAUUUUUCUUUGCUGUUGCACAGAAGAGCGAUGAACGACGAUAUUGUACGCUUUUUUGUCCGUUCAGGGCACUAUCGGCCUGAAGUUAUACGUCGCAUUGUAAUUGACAUAGACACAUUGUGCAACUCACUCUGCUUUUUGCGCAAAAUCACGAAAUGGGGCACACUGGAACAGCCGAAAAUAUGCAUUUACGGCGGGUUGCCAGUAAAAUUCUCGGUGAUUCCCAAGGGCGAAGGCGGGGAAAGCAUCAAGGAAAAGGAGCCACAGCUCCAAACGUUCAUGCUUCCGAUUCAAAUAUGGCUUUCACAUCAGUUUCCCAUUGAGCCGCCGUUUAUUUAUCUCGUGUGCAGUAGUGCAAGCGAGAACCCCAAAAUACCAGAGGGAGUGGACACGUCUGUGAUAAAAAUUGUAUCCAAUCACCCGAAUGUCGAUUUUACCGGGCUGUGCUUCUGCAGAGAAUUAGCGGAAUGGAAUCCAUCUUCCUCAUCGCUGUGUUACACCAUAGAGCGCUUUAGCAGAGCGCUUGAAAGAAGCUCACGCUGCCCUAUCUGCAUCGACGAGGGGACAAGUGGAAGCUCGCCGGCAAUCGACGGAAACGAGAGUGAUACAGAUAGGAAGAGUGCGACGGAUGACAUUAUAGCAAACUCUUGUCUUGUUUGCUACGGUAAGAAAGACACUGUUCUCAUCCCCUGCGGGCAUUAUUGUCUGUGCGUUUCGUGUGCUGUGAAUAUUACAGAAUGCCCUUUGUGCCGUGCGAAAAUUAUGCUCCGGCAACGCAUUUUCGAUUAA